AUGAAUCUAAACUAUUCAGAGUUUCCGAUCGAUGCUGGUGACUUGCGUCUAGUGUCACUCGACAAUUGGGCUUCAGAUAUCACCGAAGCAAAGUGGAAGCUAAGAGUAGUUAGCAUGGAUCAAUCACCACGAUAUCUCGCCCUUUCAUACAGAUGGGGAGCACCGAUUGACGAAGGGCCUUUUAAAUCAUAUACAGACAAGCCUGUGGCGCCUAUAAGAAUUGGCAAUGGAGAGCUCAAAGUUGCCAGAAACCUGCUGGACUUCCUGAUACAGGUGAAGGAAGACGAAAACCUGAGACACGAGGAAUUCUGGAUCGACGCGAUAUGCAUAAACCAGGGUGAUCUCAGCGAGAGGAGUUACCAAGUCAGUAACAUGAUGGCUAAGAUCUACGAAAAAGCACAUUCAGUCGUUGCAUGGCUUGGAGACUCGGAUGCGCACACGGCACAAGCUUUUGAUCACAUGGCCAAGGUGGCUGACCGGAGCAUUCUCCCGUCCUUGGGCAUACCAACUGGGAGAACAGGCUUUGAGGAUUUCGAUGCCGACGCGGCUCGUUGGUUGGCCGUUGGAAAGAUCUUCGACCGUACCUACUGGAACAGAUCAUGGAUCAUCCAAGAACUCGUGCUCCCGAAGCAAGUGACUCUCCGCUGCGGGGUGUAUUCAACAGAUUGGGAUGUCUUUGCGAAGGCCUCACAUAACAUAUCAACGAGCCCCUUGAAGCAGUUCUACGACAGUCGACCCGCCGAGGGGACGCUAUCUUCCACCAGCAGCUCAAAGAUGUCCCGUAACUACGGAGUCCCGGCGAUUCUAGAUGCCACGAAAUCAACCAGGGCAAAAAGGCACUGGGCUGACGUGCUCCUAUACACGCUGAUACGAUCGCGUCACUGCGAGGCCACAGAUCUCGCGGACAAAGUAUAUGCUUUGCUGGGACUUAUUCAAGGUCUCGAUGGUGAUAAAAAGCUACCAGCGUUGCUAUGCCCUCCUACAGAAAGAAGCAAUUGCAGCCCUGGAAAGACAUACCUUGAUGUCGCUACCCAGCUUCUCGAGGACUGUGGGGAUCUGCUGGUACUUUCUUGCGCAGAGGGCUUUCGUAAUGUAAAGCUGAACGGCGCAGACCUUCCCUCCUGGGUGCCUGACUGGAGUGUAAGGUACCCUCUUGGCCUUAGAGUCACAGGAUACAAGAGAUAUCAAGCAGAUGCAUUCUUCUUUUCGCCGGACACGAAUUUGUCACGGGACGAGAAGCUUGCCCUUUGGCCUGCAACAUUCGACAAGAGUGAGCUUACAAUGACUAUCCGUGGAAUGCAAGUCGAUAAGAUCUCUUUCAUUGCAGAGUCAAAACGCGAGAUUCUGAAUUCUAAACCGUUUCCACUCCUCUUGAGGAUGUUACUGAUGCUACCUGAAAAGUAUCAAGUCACUGGCGAAGGCCGAAUGGAGGCUUUCUGGCGAACGAUAACUAAGAAUACUUAUGGAGAGGCCAGACAUCCUGCACCAAAAAAAUCAUCAAUGGGGCCGAGUUUCACAAAAUGGUUAAGAGAGACAGUGCAGUCUGCGUCGGCGUCUCCAGAAGACGAAGACAAUUGGACGAACUUCAAGGAAGCUUUCAAUAAGUUCUGGCCCCGUGAUGCAGAAUGGCUUGCUACCAGCGAAGAAUCCGAGUCUGUCUCAUCGACGGAGUUUAGCUCGCAGUUUCUAUAUGGGGAGUACCUCCGACCAUUUGUAACGGAGACAGGCUACAUAGGACUUGGCUCGGAGAAUCUGCAGGAGGGAGAUAGAGUCUGGGUGGUGCCACGAUCACGGGUGCCUUUAAUAUUUAGGCACAAGGAAGAGUUUGAUCCACAUGCGGAUCACCAUUGCCAGUUAAUAGGAGGAGCCUAUCUCCAUGGGUUCAUGGAUGGUAGCUGGCGGGGAAAGCAAGCAACCAAAGAAGACACGCAAGCUAUCAUAAUUCAUUGA